AGGCAGGAAGGGGGCUGGCGAAGGCCAGGCUGGGUGGCUGGAGCCGGUGCUGGCUGCGCUGCGCUGCUCUCGACUCCGACGGCUUCUCCCAUGCGCUGAAGGCGCCCGGCUGGGCCGGGCCGGCGGCCGGAGGAGAGGCUCCUCUCCAUGGUCCAGAAGGCCAGCAUGUCCCGGAGCCCUUACCCACCUUCCCAGGAGAUCCCCAUGGAGGUCUUCGACCCCAGUCCACAGGGCAAAUACAGCAAGAGGAAAGGGCGGUUCAAAAGGUCGGAUGGGAGUACGUCCUCAGAUACAACAUCUAACAGCUUUGUCCGCCAGGGCUCGGCGGAGUCCUACACCAGCCGUCCAUCAGACUCCGAUGUAUCUCUGGAGGAGGACCGAGAAGCCUUAAGGAAGGAGGCAGAGCGCCAGGCAUUAGCACAGCUUGAAAAAGCCAAGACCAAGCCGGUGGCAUUUGCUGUGCGCACGAAUGUCGGCUACAACCCAUCUCCGGGGGAUGAGGUACCUGUGCAGGGAAUGUCCAUCACCUUUGAGCCCAAGGACUUCUUGCACAUCAAGGAGAAAUACAACAAUGACUGGUGGAUCGGCCGGCUGGUGAAGGAGGGCUGUGAGGUUGGCUUCAUCCCUAGCCCUGUCAAACUGGACAGUCUGCGCCUGCUGCAGGAGCAGAAGCUGCGGCAGAACCGCCUCAGCUCCAGCAAAUCAGGUGACAACUCCAGCUCCAGUCUGGGAGAUGUAGUGACUGGCACCCGCCGCCCCACGCCCCCUGCCAGUGCCAAACAGAAGCAGAAGUCGACAGAGCAUGUGCCCCCCUAUGACGUGGUACCUUCCAUGAGACCCAUCAUCCUGGUGGGACCGUCGCUCAAGGGUUAUGAGGUUACAGACAUGAUGCAGAAAGCUUUAUUUGACUUCUUGAAGCAUCGUUUUGAUGGCAGGAUCUCCAUCACUCGUGUGACAGCAGACAUUUCUCUGGCUAAGCGCUCAGUCCUCAACAACCCCAGCAAGCACAUCAUCAUUGAGCGCUCUAACACACGUUCCAGUCUGGCUGAGGUGCAGAGUGAGAUUGAGCGAAUCUUCGAGCUGGCCCGGACCCUUCAGUUAGUGGCCCUGGACGCCGACACCAUCAACCACCCAGCCCAGCUCUCCAAGACCUCACUGGCCCCCAUCAUUGUUUACAUCAAGAUCACCUCUCCCAAGGUACUUCAGAGGCUCAUCAAGUCCCGAGGGAAGUCUCAGUCCAGACACCUCAAUGUCCAAAUAGCAGCCUCGGAGAAGCUGGCACAAUGUCCCCCCGAAAUGUUUGACAUCAUCCUGGACGAGAAUCAAUUGGAGGAUGCCUGCGAGCACCUGGCCGAAUACUUGGAAGCCUAUUGGAAGGCCACUCACCCGCCCAGCAGCACUCCUCCCAAUCCGCUGCUGAACCGCACAAUGGCUACCGCAGCCCUGGCUGCCAGCCCAGCCCCCGUCUCCAACCUCCAGGGACCCUACCUUGCUUCCGGGGACCAGCCACUGGAACGGGCCACCGGGGAGCACGUCAGUGUGCACGAGUACCCGGGGGAGCUGGGCCAGCCCCCAGGCCUUUACUCCAGCAGCCACCCACCAGGCCGGGCGGGCACCCUGCGGGCACUACCCCGCCAAGACACGUUUGAUGCUGACACCCCUGGCAGCCGAAACUCUGCCUACACGGAGCUGGGAGACUCGUGUGUGGACAUGGAGACUGACCCCUCGGAGGGGCCGGGGCUUGGAGACCCUGCAGGGGGCAGCACCCCACCAGCCCGGCAGGGCUCCUGGGAAGAUGAGGAAGACGACUAUGAGGAAGAGCUGACUGACAACCGGAACCGGGGCCGGAAUAAGGCCCGCUACUGCGCUGAGGGUGGGGGUCCAGUUCUGGGGCGCAACAAGAAUGAGCUGGAGGGCUGGGGGCGAGGUGUCUACAUCCGCUGAGAGGCAGAGGCAACAGGACUGGGAGGAGGGCUCUGAGCUCUGGGAAGGGCGGGUCAGAGGGGUCACUACCUGCGAUGUAUCUUGCUUCCAGGAGAUACUGCCUCCCUCCUUUCAGAGGCCUUUGCUCAAUGUUUGGGGUUUCUUUGGUGGUAUCCCAGCCUCUGGGAGGCCCAUAAGCCCCAGCUGUAGGUUUUUCCUUGCCUGCUGUGGAUGAAUGGGGAAUACCCACCUUUCUGCAGUGUCCUCUUUCCCCAGCUCAGGGGACUCUCCCUCUCUGUCCCAGAGAAAAGGUGCACUUCCUUAACUCUUUCUACUCGGGACUCUAAGUGAGGGACCCAAAUGAGAUGGCCCUUUCUUUUCCUGGAGACAGAGGCCACGGCAUCUUUCCCACGAGGCCUCUCUCCAAACCACAGAUCCAGUGCCCCUCACCCCACCUGCCCUCUCUCCCCAGCUUCCUGGCAGCAUUGUCUGGUAGGUGAAAGCUACAGCAUGGGUGCUUCUGCUUGGGGAGGGCCUGGGUACAAACUGGCAGGCAUCAGUACUGUGCCCACUCAUGUCCCAUGGCCAUGGCAAUGCCCAGAGCCUAGAACCCUGAGGCGCAGGCAACCUGAGAUGGUUCUACUCACCCUACCACCUCCAUGCCUGAGCCUUCACCUGCCCCAGGAAUGAGCUUUGCCUACAACAUCCCCUGCCUGCUGCCAUCAAAAAAGGGGGCCUUCUGUGUCCUAGCCCCCCAUCCCUGUGCCACCCGAGUGUAGAGCCCAUGUAACACUGGCCUGCCUCUUUGAAACCAAAAAACUCCACUUUGACCCUGAGGCCCCAGGGGAGGGGCCCUGUGGCUUGGUGCCCAAGGGGUGAUCACCACCCCAGGGGUUGCCUUGGGACCUUGGAUCUCCCCUGGAGGGCUUGACUGCUGCUGUGCUCUGUAUUUGCCUCUUGUGAUCCUGUCUCUUACCCAUGUCUACUACCCCCAGGAGAGGCCUUGGUGCCCCCUCUUCCCUGAGGUACCCCUCUGCCUCAGUAUCCCUAUCGCCCAGCAGCCCUGCCCCUCCCCAGCAUCCCAGCUGGGCCAGAGAGAGCCGAUUGUGCCAACGAGGACUGGGCUGUGCCCGGCUGCCCACCUCAGGGAUGGGCAGCUCAUGCCUGUCUCGCCACCUCCUGUGCCAAUGUUGUCCCACCUCCCACCUGGGGGGUGGGGUGCAGCUUCCACUCACUGGUUAGAAGACACCACUGCCCAACCCUUUCCCCUCCCUGUCUUGUGUCCUGCGCCCCUAUCUGUAUGUCUGUCUGUACUCCCUUAGGAGAAGUAUUUUGCCAUAUAUAAAACUGCUGUCCUGUCCUUUGUGGCCGCUUCCCGAGCCUGCUUCUUUGUUACCGCCACAUGGUUGCCAGCCCAGGCAUGUAGGAGAUGCUGAUGCACAGAGGGGGCGAAGGGGUAGGUGCUGAGAGUCAGCUUAGAUGGAGAUGUGAUUUGUUUUGCACCCUUUGAUGCAUCACAUUCAAGUCCAGCAGAUCUGUGUGGCCAGUCUCAGCUUUCCACUCAGGCCCCAAACCUUCCACCUUGCCCAUCUUCCCAGAAGUAGGGCCAGGGGAGAUGGAAGCUGGGGUGGAGCAGGUGUCACUGAGCAGCAGGUGUCACUCAGCAGCAGGUGUCACUCAGCGAGAGAGAUCCAGACCCACUGGCACAAAGUCUUAAAGACACAUGCUUGUUUUUCUCCUCCUGUGGCCUCAGCUGUCCCCCCACAACCUGAGGGGAGGGAGGGUCUGAGCUUUCAGCUCCCUGCCCCACUGAUGCUCUUAAUGACUGACUGGAAUGAUACCCCCACAAACUUCCCCCACCAAGGCCUAGCCCCUGGUAACUUUGGGGGAGGGGAGGAGACAUGCUUGGGUAGAGGACAGAGAGAAUGGGGUACACCCUGCCCCCAGUCCCGUCAUGAGAGAAAGCUCUGUCUCUCAAGGGAAGAAAGUCAGCAGGUGACUGCCUGUUCCUGCCAUCCCCAGCUAGCAGGAUGUGGAUUUCUGCCAGCUGUUACUGCAGUCACCCGUAUCCAGCGCCACACAGCUUUCACCAAUCACGUCUCCAUUCCGGUUGUUUCUGAAGGGCUAGAGAUGGGUCCUUCACUUGAGCGCUUUUGCCCAACGUGUGUGUGUGUAGGGCAGUAGACAUCCUGAGGUCCUCCAGAUGAGGACUUGACAGGUCAAAGAGAUGAACUGGGCAGGCCAGAGGUCAAGUGGCUGGCCCAUGGUCACCAGGAAAUUGAUGGCAAAGCCAACACUGCUGGGAUUAGGACCCGGUCUCUCAGUCUCUGCCUUCCAAAGCAGUGCUCUUCCACUCCCUUUCAAUGGAAUUAAUCACUCAUUCCCUUAUUUAUUUACUGAAAACAACAACAACCCAGAACAAUUAUUGAGCAUCUAUUGUGUACCAGGCACAUGUCUGAAUGGGAGCCACAAAUUCCAAUUCAGAACAAUGAGCUCUCUGAUGUAGGAAGCACUGGACUACUGUGGUAACCUGGAAAGCUGGGAGAAGCUUUCUGGAGGAGGUGAGUCUUGACGGAGUCUAGAAGAAUGGUUAGGAGUUACCUGGGCAGAUAAAGGGGCUAAGUGUUCAAAUCAGAGGAAGCAGAUGACAUGCAUGGCACAUUCUGGGCACUUCACUAGCAAACUGUGCUCUCAGGCAGUGGCCAGAGAGGGCUAAUGGGGUUGGCAGGAGUAGGUUGCCGUGGUUCUUGGGCCAUGUUAAGGAAUCUGGACUUUUGUCCUGAAGCUGGUGUGCAGACAUGGAAGGAUUUUAAGCAGCAAUGGAAAGGUUGCCUUGGUUGCAGUUUGGAGCGUAGAUUGGAGAACCUAGCCUGGAAACGACUGCAAUGCACCAGGCGAGAACUGAGGAGGGUUUGCGUUAGACCACAGCAGUGGCAGUGGGACGGGACAGGAGGCAAUGACUGCCAGAGGCAGUUACACCCGAGAUAUCUUGAAGAGCAAUUGGAGGUGUCCAGUGAGAGAGAGGGAGGAGUCUGGGAUGACUGUGGGUGGUGGUCUUCCCAGAUAUAGAGGAAGCAGGUGAGAAAACCAGGUUAGGGUCAGAGAUGCUAAGUCCAGCUUUGAAUGAGGUGGGUUUAAGGUGCCUGUGGCACGUUUAAGAGGAGAUGAGCAGAAGACAGUUGGGUGUAUGAUCUGGAGCUCCACAGAGAGGUCUGGGCAGGAGCCUGACAUUUUGAAUCAAGGACAAGGAUUAUUAACUCCAGUUUACAGAUAAAGCCCAGAGAGGUCUAAGCUACUCGUCCACAGUUACAGAGCUGCAGAGCAAGGACUUAAGCUCAGAUCUUUUAAGUUUUGUCAUAGCUGUUCCCCCUUCAAGACGAGUGCUGAUUCCCCUGUUCCAGGAUGCCCCAGCUUCUGUGUGUGUGUGUUUUGGUGGGGGGAGGAGGGUGUUGGGGAGAAAGAAACACGUGCCCAAAUAUGUUUCUGCCUCCUCCUCAUGUGCCUUCUGCCUGAAAUUGCAUUUGCCCGAGGUUUGCAGGCAGGGGCAUUUCUAGCUGGCUCAGAGAGAUCGAGAGAUGGGGGGAGAAAGGUUCUUGUUUCUUGGAAACCACAAGCCCUCAACUGACUCUGGCUGCGCAAUCAGCACUUUGGUGGUUGUCAACAAGUGAGGAUUUCAACGGCCAUGAAGUGGGCUGGGGCCAGGCCCACAGAGGCUGCUACCACAGCCAUCUCAGGGAUUCCUGAGUGGCGGGUGUUGAUGGGGACUGAGGUGGCUGGGGGACCUCCUACCUGCUACCUUUUGCCUCUUUCCCUGCUUAGCUGCUUCUUCUUCCACUAGGCUUUGAGUGGGUUCUGCCCAGAGUGAGCUGAGGUAGGAGAGGGCUCAGGUCCUAGAUGUGACCAAUGGCUUCCAUUGUUCUAAAAUAAAGUGAGCUGAGCUGGGAGCACCAAGGCUCUGGGGUGAGAGGGAUGUCCCAGUCUGAUAUCCUAGAGAAAAGUCUUAGCUCCAGUAAUCUCCUCCUCAGAGAAGUGUGCCUUGGCUCCCUUCUAAAUUAGACUAUCCCACCUACUGUCUCUCAGGGUUUCUUUGUUUUUUCCCUUCUUAAUGCACACCACAUUUUGUAAUAUAUACUUGUGUAUUUGUUUCCCCCACUAGACUAUGAGCUCCCUGAAAGAGCAGGUUUCCUGAUUCCUAACCCAUAUUUGUCCAAUAAAUGAAUAAAUGAAUGAAUGCCCCGAUGAUCCAGGCUCUGGGCCUUGAAUGGGAGGUGGCUUCUUGACUGUUUACUGAAUGUGCUCCCAGCUAGCAAGGUGUCACUUUCAAUUCUGCAUUUGGAGGCAGGGGGGCAGGAUGCACGAAGAAGUUCCUUUCCCCCAGGAAACAGAUGGUUAAAAUGCUCAAAGCACUGUAGCUUCCCCCAGCACCGUCUGUACCCUGACCCUACCCCAACCAUGCACAGCCCAAUGCCUUAUCUCCUAGGACUGGAAGGGAAUCAGCUCAGAUGGACUCUGGAGGUCAAUGCUCCAACCUUCUAACUUAGGGCACCAACCUGGGUGGGAUGAAAAUUCUGUAUGUAGUGAGAUAUUUUUCCUCUUCUCUCCGUAAACUUUCCAGCCUUCCUCACUCCUCUUAAACGUGUGCUCACACUCCUUUUUUUAAAUACUCCAAACACCAUUCUUCAGGCUGUAGCUUAACUCAUUUUACUUCAGUCCCACAGCAACAAAUCGCAACUGUGUGCCAGACACUGGACUAGGCAUGGGUAGGGGGGUGGGUACGCAGACCAACAAGACAUGAACUCUGUCCUCUAGGACUCACAGUUGAUUGGGAGAAGCAGAUACUCCAGACUACAGCCCCAGUGUACCUAGAAGCCCUAUCUGGCUGGAGAACCAAGCCAGGGCUUGGGAAGUAGGUGGCUUUUAUAGCACGUAGCAAAAGGGUCUCAGGAAUCCUUCUGGCCGAGAAGAUGGUGAAAGGCAUUCCAGGUGGAGGAAUGCAGAAGCAAAGGAACAGCCAGAAAGUAGGCAUGUGUGGGCCAGGACCAGUGAGUCAUCCCAUUGGAGGAGAGCAUUGGGUGGUAACCUGGGAGAUAAACCUUCAAGGCAGGUGAUGGCUGUUCAUGGAGGCCAUUGAAUGUCAGGUUAGGAGACUGAUCUGAAUACAGUGGGCAAUGGGGGACCGUUGAAGGUUUAUGAGCUGUGGAGUAACAGACUCUGAGCUGUGCUUUAGGAAGGCUAAUAGGGCCAUGAGGAGGAUGACCUGGAUAAGGGGGAGGCAGAAUCAGGGGGACCAGUUAUGUGAGUCUUACCUUAGUGGAGGGGGACAAUAACUGUAGGAAGCCAGUGGCAGUGGGAUGGAAGGAACCGGCUCUCCUGUGUGGUGACUGCCCUCCUUCUAACCACCUCCUCAGUCUGAGGUUGCUUUGUCUCCCCACUUCUCUUUUUGUUUCCUGGGUUUCCCCAGUUUAAGCAAAGAAGGAAUUUUACAAACAACAACAGCGUCUCCCUCCUCCAUCCUGGCCUCCUGGCUCUCUCUCUCCACCCAGUUCUCCUCUUCUGGGUUUUAACAUCUGGGGGCCCCUCCGUAGGGCCUGGUGGCGGAUCUCUCCUUGAUCCACUCCUGUAUUCAGAUGCCCACCCCCAGGAUCAGGGAGCUGCGCCUGAUCAGUCAGUGGUUUGGGGAAAAAAAGAAAAAGGGGAGGCAGUGCUAAUUUCUCCUCAGUCAUUGGCACCAUGGGACCUGUGAAAGGAGGGGAAUCUUUCCCUCUCCCCAGGGAAUUCACUCUGAGUCAGCCCACAAGACCCACACUACUGAAACAACCAGAGAACUGUUGAGGGUUAGAAUAUUCUUCCAGCUCAGAGAAGCCCAAGUGUAGAAAAUGGGCCGCUAGGGGCUUUGCCUCAGUCUAGGGCCCUGGGAGGAGGGGGAAUUGGGAUGGGGCAACUGCUCUCAGUCUCACUUGUUUUGGGAUGGGGAGCAUUGCACCCAGAGAGCUCUUUGGAGUUUUCUCAGGGCGAGGAAGAGGGCCUGACAGUCCAGGACCCCUUUGCCUUGCAUCUCCAAAGCCCUGGACAGACGGCUCGACAUCACCGUGAUGUCAACGGCGCUUUGAGGACCAGCUUCCCAGGGGAUUCCCAAGCCCCACAGAUAACACGUGUGGCUUCCGUGACCUCACAGGCUAAGCCCCGCCCGACCUUCUCCAGGGGGCGGGGUUCCGAGCUCCGGGCCCUGACCCGUGUCCCCCGAGGCCACCAAGCUCUACCUCUGCCCGGUUCCAUAUGCGCCAUGGGACAGCUGAUCGCCAAGUUGAUGGGCAUCUUCGGGAACCAAGGCCUGAUGGAGGCACACAGUCCCUUGGUCAUCGGGAUUGAUCCUGACCCUGCCCUUCCUCCGGCUGCCUUCAGAGCACAAGGUUAUCAUCGUGGGGCUGGACAACGCAGGAAAAACCACCAUUCUCUACCAAUUUUCAUCAUCCUUGUGAUUGACAGCACAGACCGAGACCGGCUACUGACCACUAGGGAGGAGCUGUAUAAGAUGCUCGCUCAUGAAGCUCUGCGAGAUGCCUCAGUCUUGAUCUUUGCCAACAAGCAGGACGUGAAGGAUUCUAUGACCACCAUGGAGAUCUCCCGAUUCCUCACUCUCAG